AUGCGCGGUCGCCUUUGUGUGGGUCGAGCGACGGCGGCGGCGGCGGCGGUGGCGGCAGUGGCGGUCCCACUGGCAGGCGGGCAAGAGGGUAGUCCCGGCGGCGUCCGGCGUGGGAGCCGGGGGACCACCAUGGUAAAGAAGCGGAAAGGCCGUGUCGUAAUCGACUCGGAUACUGAGGACAGCGGCAGCGACGAGAACCUGGAUCAGGAGCUCUUGUCCUUGGCAAAGCGGAAGCGCAGUGACUCUGAGGAGAAGGAGCCUCCUGUGAGUCAGCCUGCAGCCUCGUCAGACUCCGAGACGUCGGACAGUGAUGAUGAGUGGACAUUUGGGAGCAAUAAAAAUAAGAAGAAAGGAAAAGCCAGAAAAAUAGAGAAGAAAGGAACCAUGAAGAAACAAGCCAACAAAACUGCCUCCUCAGGCAGUUCAGACAAAGACAGUUCAGCUGAGAGCUCAGCUCCUGAGGAAGGUGAAGUGUCAGAUUCUGACAGCAACAGCUCCUCUUCCAGCUCAGACUCAGACUCCUCGUCUGAAGAUGAAGAGUUCCAUGAUGGCUAUGGAGAGGAUCUUAUGGGAGAUGAGGAAGACAGGGCCCGACUGGAGCAGAUGACAGAGAAGGAGAGGGAGCAGGAGCUCUUCAACCGCAUAGAGAAGAGGGAGGUGUUGAAAAGAAGGUUUGAAAUUAAGAAAAAACUAAAAACAGCCAAAAAGAAAGAAAAGAAAGAAAAAAAGAAAAAGCAAGAAGAAGAACAAGAAAAGAAAAAGCUGACUCAGAUUCAGGAAUCUCAGGUAACUUCCCACAAUAAAGAGCGGCGCUCCAAGCGGGAUGAGAAAUUAGAUAAGAAAUCUCAAGCCAUGGAGGAGCUAAAAGCAGAGAGAGAAAAACGGAAGAACAGAACAGCUGAGCUCCUUGCCAAAAAACAACCAUUAAAAACAAGUGAGGUCUACUCCGAUGAUGAGGAGGAGGAAGACGAUGACAAGUCCAGUGAGAAAUCGGACCGUUCUUCCCGAACGUCGUCAUCUGACGAGGAAGAAGAGAAAGAAGAAAUCCCUCCAAAGUCACAGCCAGUCUCCUUACCUGAGGAAUUGAAUCGAGUUCGGUUAUCAAGGCAUAAGCUAGAACGCUGGUGUCACAUGCCCUUUUUUGCUAAAACUGUCACAGGCUGUUUUGUGCGAAUUGGCAUCGGAAACCAUAAUAGCAAGCCAGUUUACCGGGUGGCUGAGAUUACGGGUGUUGUGGAAACUGCCAAAGUUUACCAGCUGGGUGGUACCAGAACUAACAAAGGGCUGCAGCUACGGCAUGGCAGUGACCAGCGAGUGUUUCGCCUAGAGUUUGUGUCAAACCAGGAAUUCACGGAAAGUGAAUUCAUGAAGUGGAAAGAAGCGAUGUUUUCGGCUGGCAUGCAGUUGCCUACUCUAGAUGAAAUCAAUAAAAAGGAAUUAUCUAUUAAAGAUGCUCUCAAUUAUAAAUUCAAUGAUCAGGACAUUGAGGAGAUUGUAAAAGAGAAAGAAAGGUUCAGAAAAGCUCCACCAAACUAUGCUAUGAAGAAGACUCAGCUGCUAAAGGAAAAGGCCAUGGCUGAGGACCUGGGAGAUCAGGACAAAGCCAAACAAAUCCAAGACCAGCUAAAUGAGCUGGAGGAGCGGGCAGAAGCCCUGGACCGCCAGCGGACCAAGAACAUAUCUGCUAUCAGCUAUAUCAACCAGCGGAAUCGGGAGUGGAACAUUGUGGAGUCUGAGAAGGCUCUAGUGGCUGAAAGUCACAACAUGAAAAACCAGCAGAUGGACCCUUUUACGAGGCGGCAGUGCAAGCCCACCAUCGUGUCCAAUUCCAGAGACCCAGCUGUUCAGGCUGCCAUUUUGGCCCAGCUAAAUGCAAAAUACGGUUCAGGAGUAUUGCCAGAUGCUCCAAAGGAAAUGAGCAAGGGUCAGGGAAAGGAUAAAGAUUUGAAUUCUAAGUCAGCCAGUGACCUCUCAGAAGACUUGUUCAAAGUCCAUGAUUUUGAUGUGAAGAUUGACUUACAGGUUCCGAGCUCAGAGUCCAAAGCUUUGGCCAUCACCUCUAAGGCCCCACCAGCCAAGGAUGGAGCUCCAAGGAGAUCUCUGAACUUAGAAGACUACAAAAAACGACGGGGGCUUAUUUGAGCACUCCCAGCCUGCUGCUUCCAACCCUGCAUGCCCCAUCAGGGUCUGACUUUCCUCUUUUCCUCUGGUUUGCCCUCUUUGGGCUGGAGCAGCAGUGGAACUGGGAAGAGACUCUAAACUGCCAGUCAUUGUAAUAUAAACCAUGUGCUGUAUAGACCACCCUUGUCUGCACCAUCUCCCAUCAGCCCCCCCCCCCACCCAAGGUGGAUAUGUUCCCUGUCUUUAGAUUUGUGUUUCUCCUCCCCACCUCCCCACCGGCUUUUGGUUUUUAACUAGCACAGUUUGGCCACUCUGCACGUUCAGUAUUACCGUGGAGCUGGGGUUCUUGUAGAGCCCCUGGUGGCAACAGUGGCAGCAUUUCAGUGUCCUCUUCAGACUGCCUUGGGCCUGACCCUUGAACAUGGCACCUAACCCCUGCAGAGAGAGUGGGGACUGAGCAUCUGCCAUCCUCUUUCCUCUCUUCAUCUUUCCCUUCUUCCUGUGCCCAUGGAAGAGGGAUUUUCGAAAACAGUUUAGUUUCCAAAAAAAUGUACAUUUAUGGGGAGGGAGGGGUCUAAUUUGAGAGUGGGUGUGUGUGGGUACGGUGUGUGUGGGUGCGUGUAUGUGUGGAUUUUUUAUCAUUUUUUAAAAUGCAGUACUCUUUGUAUCAGUCUGUCAUGGGUCUAUAGCUGUUUCAGAUUUUUUUUUUUCUUUUGAGCUGUACUUGAGCAUCUGAAACUGCAAGAAAGAAACUGAUUAAAUGUGAUUCUUACUAAACA